CCAGAGACGGUCGUGUGCGACGCCGUAAGCCGGCAUCCGCGUGUGUAAAACAUUCGAAAACGAAUAUCGCUUAUCAAUAUAAAGUGCUCACAUUUUAAUACUUUCUAAUUAAAAGUCUUAGACUAUGUGUGUGUGAAUGUAAUUUUGUGUUUCGUGAAGUUUUUUUUUUUUUGUUUUGGACUGCAUUCGGGGAGUGGAUAAACGCAUCUCGAAGGUACAUAUCCGCUUCUACCCAGAAAUACAAGCAAUUUCGUUUAAGAUUUUCCAGUAAAAUGUGGUCAGGCAAGAAGUGUUCGGAGGGAGGCGCUGGUACUCCUACUGAGGAGGAGAUCAAAGUUGUACUGGUGGGAGAUACACAGUGCGGCAAAACAUCACUGGUCCAGAGAUUUGUCACCGAUAAUUUUGUGGAGGCAUACACACCGACAGGCUUCGAGAAAUAUGCCUACACCAGUCCAGUAGCCGAUUAUAGAGUCAAUUUCUCAGUUUGGGACACUUCAGGCACAACAGCGUACGACACAGUCAGACCACUAGCUUACCAGGACGCGAAAAUAUUUAUGCUAUGUUUUAAUAUUGCUGAACCGGAAAGUUUGAACAACGCCUCUGCCAAGUGGUAUAGAGAAGUUCGCACACACGGGGGAUCUGCCCCGGUACUACUAUGCGGUUGUAAAGCCGACCUCAGACACGACAAGGAAACGCUCACAAUGUUGUCGAAGCUAAGAACACAUCCAGUCACCAGCGAAGAGGCUCUAUCGGUAGCGAGACAGUUAGGAGCAACAACCUACGUGGAAACAUCAGCCCGCGCAUCCAGCAAAGGUGUGAAAGAUGCCUUCGAAGUAGCAGCUUUAGCAGCUCUAGGAAAGCUGAAUAAACAACAAAUAAAACAACAGAAGCAAGUGGGACGUAGUAAGAGCAAGCGUGACUUGAAAGCUGAGCUGAAAGGACGGGCGAAAAGCUGUUGCGUCAUGUGAUCCGUAGCCGGCCACCCUUCAAGGUGGCCGCACGACUGCUAGGCGACCACCGCCCUUCAGAUAUCUUUCUACCCCCUUUUGGAAAUAAAAACAAUUUGUUCCAAUGAUAUGAAUAAGGAACAGUAUCGGGCCUAAUGAUGCGCCUUGUUGAACCCCCGACCACAAAUUGCACCGCAACCUUCUAUUUAAUGCGAUGAAAUAUACGAAAGACUUUAUUUAAAAGUUGAUAAAUUUACAGUGUUCUAUUAUAUACGAAAUUUAUUAAAUCGAAAAAGUAAUUUCAAGGAUGAAUAUAGAUAAGUUGGAUAUAAUAUCUUUAGUGUAAUUGGAACCGAGUUCGUUUAACUAAAAAUGUAAGGCGUAAGGAAAUUCCUAUAAGAUUCGUUGGAACUAAGGUGCAAUGAUUUAUAAACCCUCAGGGUUAGGAGCGUGAAAAGCCUGUGAUAAUGUUUAAAUAGAUCAUUUUGGUAAUGGAUAUAGACGAGAUUAGAGUUUGGAAUUUAGAAAGGCAAUCGACGCUCAUACUCACAAUCACAGGACAUCAUAUAACAUUUAAUGAGACAGAAAUAUCUAUAAGGGUUUCUAUUUACAGAAAUUUAUGUACAAGACAAGCAUAACUUAGCUAAAUGUGUGUUUUCAUAUACAGAAAAUAGAAUUAAAGUGUAUUUCACGAUUUUUUCUAAUAUAGAGGCAUUAAGGUAAGCCAUGUAAAUACCAAAUUAAUCGUUAAGUGAUUUUCGGUAUAUUCGAUGUGCUCAAAUUUAGCAAAGGCAUUUUUAUUAAAUAUUGAAAUUUAGAUAAAUGAUUUUAAUUGAAUAGACGUCGAUGUUUUUUUUAUUUGUGAUAUUAAUACGUAAUGUAUAAAAAUAAUAUGCACAAUGAUGGACAAUACUGAAUAAUACGAAGGUCCAUAGUUAGUUUCACGUCCAUUUCGCUGUUAGAUUAGAUUUUUGUACGUUUAUUAAUAAAAUGGUAAAUGUCGCUUAUGUCACUUAAAUAUAUAUAUAGAUAUUUAUGAUUACAGCAGCACUUUAUUUUAGACUGGUCAAUAUAUCGUUUGAAAUUUUAAAUCUUAAGUAGAUAAUUAUUUUAGUAGUAACUUUGAUUUCACAAAAAUCGCUCGUCAUUAUCAAAUUUAUAAUCUUGGCAUUUAAAAUUUCAAUCGUCGAUAUACAUUGACCAGCUUAAUGAUACUUUGUAAUUGUGCUUAGUUUAUGGUAAUAUGUUGUUGAAUAAGUUAUUAAAAGUAUUAUAAAUGACGCUACUCUAAGUUUAAAUAAUGUAAAAUGUUAUGCUGUUUCAAAGUAGACGAUUCCAAAAAAUGAUUUGGAAAAAUAAUCACCUCUAAUUAGUACUCAAGUCAAGAAUUAAAAAAAAAAAUUAAAAAAAAACGAAAUUCGAAACAUUUUUCCGAAACGAAUCGUUUUAUCAUUUAAAUAAUCAUUACUUAUUUUUUCGAUUAUUUAUCAUAAGUCGAUAUAAAGCUUUAAAUUCACUUAGCUUUAA